ACGGUGCCCCGUAUCCAUCCCGUGCUCGCUGCCAACGCCGACGCCGCCGCUCCCUCGCUCCUACCCACAUCGGCGAUCGCGCCCUCGCUCCUCCCCACAGCUGCGGCCGCGCCAUCGUCGAUCCCAAGCUUGGCGGGGAGGAGAAUCCCGAGGCCGAGGUCGUGGAGCUGCAGACCCAGACCGCGCUGGUGUUCCUCUUCUUCUUCAAGUCCAGCUGGUCCGCGUGGUUGCUGGUGUUCCUCUUCUGCGUCGGCGCUAUUACCCAAUUCCAAUGAACUUGCAUUACUUCAGCUGAUCCAUGGAGCAAAUGCCCUGGAUUGCUUCACCUCAUCUUUGAUUCAUCAUCUACAGUAUUUUCCAGGGAAUGGAAUAUGUUGCAUCAUCUCUUGCCAUAAGGUGUGAAUGAUAACUGACACCAAAUCUUUUGCAUUAAGCUGUACUGAGAAUGAUGAAUGUAUAUGAUGCAUACUCAAUGAUUGCAUAUACCCAAUGAUUGCAUACACCAAACAAUGGAGGACGAAGAUUGUACCCUUUGUUCGUUACUUGAUUGCUGAGGAUAACCCGAAUUAUGAGUUUCUCGAUGAUGAUGACGACAUACACAUUCUGGUGUCAGCCAUGGAUGCAGAGAGCUCCUACCACGGCUUAAUACAUGUGAGACGAUUUGUCCCCAGAGAACGUGCUGAUGGAGAGGUAAGGAUCAUACGCCAAUACUUUGCUGCCAAUCCUAUUUACAUCUCUGAAAAGUUUCGUGAAAGGUUCCGUAUGAAGCGUCACGUGUUCAUCCGCAUUCUUAAUGCAGUUCAGUCUGUGGACAGCUACUUCCAGCAACGCGAGGAUUGUACUGGGCUUUUAGGAUUGAGUGCUUUGCAGAAGGUGGUAGCCGCAAUGCGCAUACUGGCGUAUGGUUUGCCGUUAGACGCCGUUGAUGAGUAUGUGCAAAUUGGCACGUCAACUGCUCGUGAGGCUCUUAACCAUUUCUACAGUGCUGUUAUAGUUGCCUUUGGGGAGGAAUACCUGCAUUCUCUAACCCCUGUCGAUGUGGCUCGUGUACUGCAAGAGGGUGAGAGACGAGGUUUCCCAGGUAUGCUUGGUAGCAUAGAUUGUAUGCACUGGGAAUGGCGGAACUGCCCUACUGUUUGGAAGGGCAUGUUCACUGGACGCGGGAAGCACCCAUCCAUGAUCUUGGAGGCUGUAGCAUCUCAUGACCUUUGGAUAUGGCAUGCCUACUUUGGCCUUCCAGGCAGCUGCAAUGUUAUCAAUGUUCUGCAGAGGUCGCCUAUUUUCUCAGCAUAUAUCCGAGGAGAGUCACCUCCUGUUCACUUCACCGUCAACGGACAGACAUAUGACAUGGGGUACUACCUUGCAGAUGGUAUAUACCCUGAUUGGCCAGCAUUUGUCAAGAGUGUUCGCCAUCCUAUGGAGAGGAAGACACAACAUUUUGCUGCUGUGCAAGAGGGUGCGCGCAAGGAUAUUGAGAGAGCUUUUGGAGUUCUUCAAGCUAGGUGGGCAGUAAUCUGUGGGCCGGCUUAUGGAUGGGAUAGGGAGCAGCUUUCUGAUAUUAUGACCGCUUGUAUUAUCAUGCAUAACAUGAUUGUCGAGGAUGAGAAGUCUGAGGCAAUCAAUACCAACUUUGACAACAUUGGCAGACAAGUCAACCCUUCAGGUGGAAAUGUAGCGGAAUGAGAAGCCUUUGUAGCAGCACAUCACAAGUUGCGUGACCAAGCUUGCCAUAUCCAACUUCAGAAGGAUCUCAUAGAGCACAACUGGAUGCGAUAUGGUUCAAUCUAGUUUUUUUUCCUUUUCUUCAGUUGUAAUGCUUCAGAAACUGUAGUUUUUUCUUUUUUUUCUUUUGUAACAUUUAUGAUUGGACGAAAUAAAAUGAUCUAGAGAAGUGGACUGAA